GCACUCUUUAUAUUGAAUCAUAUUUGGCACCACCGAUUUCAUGUUGAAUUCCUUUUUGCUGUAACCAUCACAGCACCUUUGCCCAAACUCUCAAAUCUUCUCUUUGGCAUCAUCUCGACAUGCCCUCUCUUCGUACCCCCCACAGUGCUAUUCGACGACCAUCUUCGUCCACGUCUCUCUCACCUCCUCCGCCUUCGGUAGUCAGGCAUGGUGGCUUCUUUUGCCGAGUGUCUUUUCGACGGCUUCGACACCAACGAGGCAGAAGACGGAAACGAGGCGUUCCUGGCCGACUUGCUGCGUCUGCCGGAUACUCCAGCCACGGAGAUAUAUUCCCUCUACCAGGCUAGCUUGUUGAGCGGGCAUGAAGACUGGAACCUACGGCUGCAAUGCGCCCGGGCACUCCGCGCAAGGCGAUCUCAAUCGCUCGAUCCCUUGGAUGGCAGCGACCUGUUGGCGUUCAUUCCUGGAAACGGGCAUGGGGCGCCCCGCCGACAAGACUGUCCUCCUUGCUCGUAUUGGGCAGAGACAGACCGCCUGAUCCGGGUGCUCAACGAAUCACUACAGCCCACCACAUCUCGCAUUGGCACGCACUCCAUUGGUGGGUUCACCGGUCCGCUUGGGCAGAGCAACACGAGUGCCGAGCUAUCGAGUACGGCCACGGCUACGGCUACGAGAGGUCUUCCCAGGCGACCCACGGCAAGAGCAAGACCCCGCCACGUCGUGUCCCAUUUCUGGACCUCGACGGACAGGCAAGUCGAGAAUGGCUCCCGCAAUGUUUUAUGCUGCGCGAAGGCAAUCGCAGCGACAGGAUCCGACUACAAUCCAGCUUCAGUCGAUCCGUCUUCCAAGAAGGCGAAGGCCCAUCAUGACCACUCGCGAGCCGAACCAACAGAAAGGGCAGAGUCAGAGCCGAAACAAGAGGUCCUUGACCAAGUCGGUCCUAGACUUUUAACGCCGACGAGUGGUAGAACCCAGCCAACAAGCGUCCAAUCAUUGUCGACCGCCACCUCCCCUGAUCUGGUAUUACCCAUUCUACCUCCCAAUGCCGGGACUCAAUCGGAACGGAGCAUCCCCGGCAUGUCUUCCAGGAGCCCCGUAAAGUCCCACUUCUUCACUACCUCGCCGCCGCGCCGUUCUCCGCGGCCUCAGAGCAAGCGGCGGCGUCAGGCCGGCGCGGUAUCGUCGCUUCCCUUCCCGCCGCUGGCAGCCCCCCACUUCAACCUGAUACAGGAGAAGCUGUGCCAUGAGCCGUUCUGGCUUCUCAUCGCGGUGACGUUCCUGAUCAAGACGGCGGGCAAAGUGGCGAUCCCGGCGUUCUACCAGGUCAGGGAACGGUUCCCGACGCCCGCACACCUGGCAGAUCCCGAGGCCACGGAAAUCAUCACGGACAUGAUUCGACAUCUGGGCCUCUCUGUUGUCCGGACAGCUGCCAUCCAGCGUUAUGCCCGGGGUUGGAUGGAGCGGCCCCCCGAGGCUGGAGUCACGUUCCGAGUGAGGGGAUACGACACGCGAGAUGGCUCGCCGCAGAUGGUUAUGCCGAAGGGAGGCGACGACGGAGCUGAUGCGGGUGCUCUGGACCGGGGUACCGCGGCUCGGAUACCGACUGGCGCGGAGGAGGCGGGCGAUGCGUGGGAAAUUGGGCAUCUCACGCAAGGCAGGUACGCAAUGGACAGCUGGCGGAUCUUUUGCCGGGACGAGCUGCUGGGGCGCGCGGAGGACUGGAAUGGCAAGGGGGCGCCGGAGGGGUUUCAGCCGGAGUGGAUGCGGGUCCGACCGCAGGACAAGGAACUCAGGGCUUGCCUGCGGUGGAUGUGGAUGAAGGAGGGGUGGGAGUGGGAUCCGGUUGCGGGGGAGAAGACGGUGCUGCGGCCGGAGUUGGAGAGGGCUGUCAAUGAAGGGCGGGUCGAGUACGACGAUACGGGAGGUCUGCGCAUUUUGGAGAACCAGCAGGAGAAGGAGCAGGAGCAGGAGCAGGAGCAGGAGCAGGAGCAGGAGCAGGAGCAGGAGCAGGAGCAGGAGAAUAAAGAGGAUACUUGACUUUACAACAUGGGGAAGCAAGAGCGUGUAUAUGUUGGACGGGAUGUCGCCUUGGGGGGGUUUGCGACGCGGACGAGAGGCGGAAGAGGAGGAUGCUUGUUCUACUGAGCACGUUGUUUUAUGCAUGCCAUUGUUUCUACGGGGGCCAACUUAGAAGGGUCGUCAUAACAAUGUUGAAUGAUUGGUAAAUCCGGUAUACCAUACCUGUAAUUUACUGUGAUGUUGUCGGAAUCGUGU